AUGUGUUUUGGUUGGCUAGUUCGUGAAUUCUCUGAAAGACUGAGUUUUAAUAGUUUCAACUCUUGUGAUUGGCACCCAGGUCAUUUGAGCCCUGAAGAGGUUUGUGUACAGAUACUGAGUCACAGUGUCACCUCCACAGGUUUUGUUUUGCAGAGCCCUCUUUCUCCUCUCCAAGCCUCAAAACGAAAAGGACGCCAACGCAUAGCUGGGGCGGUCCACAGGAAGGUUGCAGCCGCGUUCCAAGCUCGCCCAGCCCGGGCUCAUCCCAGUCCCGCUUCGUACCCUGGCCCGACUGACCCAGCCCUCAGAGCCUAUCCUUUUCCCGAAAUUACAGCUCCAAUUUGCCGACUUCCCUUACCUACAUUGUUCUAUCGACUAGAGGCUGUGCACCUCGGAGACCUGCUGCCGAUAUGGGUACGGCCUGUAGGAGAGUAG